AUGGGAAGUCCAGACGGCAUACGCUGGGAAAUGGGGAGGGACGUGGGAACGUGUCGUUUCCACGUCCCGCGAUUCAGUCUGUUGCUGGCGGCCGUGUUUCUUCUGUCGCUAGUAGCCCUGCAGCAGCAGACCGCGUUUGCUCAAGCCGUCAACGGAACCGACUGGAAGACGCUGCUGCGCAUCCGCAACGAGCUCAACUUCACCAACCCCGCGCGCAGCCCCAAGGCGUACUGGAAGAGCGCCAAGAGCUGCGAUGAGCUCUUUGGGGUUAUCUGCGACGACCUUGGAUACGUUGUUGCACUGUCGUUCCUUCCCCCUGCCACCCUGUUGUCCCCCCAUCCCAUUCACCCCGGCCGAUUCCCCUGCAGCACGCUCUACGGGUUCAACGGCUCUCUCCCUUUCCCACUAUUCACUUCCAUGUCGUCCCCCCCGCCACCCUGUUGUCCCCCCAUCCCAUUCACCCCGGUUGUCUCCCCUGCAGCACGCUGUAUGGGGUCAACGGCUCUCUCCCCAACGCCGUUGGCGAACUGCCCUCCCUCGCCUUCCUGUCAGUGCCCUUUCGCUUCGCCUUUUCUCCAACUGCAGUCUCUCCUCUGUCGCUUCUCUCCCUUAGUCCUUAUCUCCCACGUGUCAGCACCUUCUCACUGCCCUCCCUCGCCUUCUUGUCAGUCCCCUCUCGCUUCCCGUUCUCUCGAACUACAGUUUCUCCUCUGUCGCCUCGCCCCUUUUCUCUUUAUUCCUCACAUGUCGCGCCCUCUCACUGCCCUCCCUCGCCUUCCCCUGCUUACAUUCAAGCACAUCGGGAAAGGCACCCACUACAGCCUGCAUUUGUACGUUCUUGUGCUGAAACGAGCAUCUGUCUGUCCCGAAACUUUUGUAUCUUCUCUCUCCUUCUCCCUUCUCCUCUCACUCCUCCCUUCUCCUCCCCUCCUCCCGCUCCCCUCCUUCCCUCCUCUUUCCCCCUCCUCUCACGCCAGCAACAUGGCUCAAAACAGGCUCACCGGCAGCUUACCUGUUGGCAUCUCCCGGUUAUCCUCUCUCACCUUCAUCUCGUUGCGAGGCAACCAGCUUACAGGGUCCAUCCCAGCCUCCAUCUCUCGCAUGCAAGCUCUGCAGCUAAUUGACCUACGCAACAACUCUCUCACCGGCUCAAUCCCAUCUCAGAUCGGCUCCCUCUCAAAACUCAUCUGGCUUUUCGCAAACGCCAACUCUCUCUCAGGAUCCAUCCCAGCCACCGUAUCCAGCCUCCUCUCCCUCAGCUACCUCUCCGCCAGUGGCAACCAGCUCUCAGGCUCCCUUCCUGCUAACAUCACUGCCCUGUCCAAACUCGGCUUCCUGCAGCUCGAUCAUAACGCCCUCUCGGGCUCCCUGCCAGAGAACAUGACUUCUCUCACCAACAUGGUGUACCUGGACCUCUCUUACAAUGCUCUCUCAGGCACGCUGCCUUCCUUCUGUGGCAGUGCCAUGUCUAAUCUACACACCGUCGAUCUCUCCGACAAUGCAUUGGUGGGAUCGCUGCCCUCUGGCCUGGCCAACUGCUCCACCCUCAUCAACCUUGAUCUCAGCAACAAUGCCCUGAGUGGCCGCAUAGACACCAUACUCUCCAACCUCUCCUCCCUCUCCUCACUUAACCUAUCUCGCAACUACUUCAGUGGUGGACUGCCCUCCCUCCCCUCCACAGAGCAGAUCCCAACCGUCGAUCUCACCCACAACUUCUUCUACGGCCCGGGCCACAUAACAGACAGCCAAGGCCGCCCGCUCUGCCAGUCCGCCGACCGGACGCUCGCCCUGGGCGGCAACUGUGUCGUUUUCGACGCUACUCUCGCCCCGCUUUGCUCGUCUGAAGUGCAGAAAGAAGCGAACGCCUGCAAGCUGUUCUGCUCCACGAAUAUGACCUCUUCGGGAAGGUUUCAGGAGAAUGCGCAGUGUGGCGGGCUGGGCACGUCCAAGCCUCCCCCACCACCGUCUCCCCCAAGCCCACCUCCUCGACCCCCCCCUCGCCCCCCUCGCCCUCCCCCUAAUCCUCCCCCUCAGCCUCCCCCCAGCCCUCCCUUUAGUCCUCCCCCUCAACCUCCCCCUAGUCCUCCCCCUAGCCCACCUCCCCCCAACCCUCCCCCAAACCCUCCCCCUCAACCUCCCCCCAGCCCUCCCCCAAGCCCCCCUCCUAACCCCCCUCCCCCCAGCCCACCUCCCCCUAACCCUCCCCCAAAUCCACCCCCUCAACCGCCCCCCAGCCCUCCUCCUAGCCCUCCCCCAAGUCCCCCUCCUAGCCCCCCUCCCCCUAGCCCACCACCACCCAACCCUCCCCCCAGCCCUCCCCCUAAUCCUCCCCCUCAACCUCCCCCUAGCCCUCCACCUAACCCCCCUCCCCCUAGCCCACCUCCCCCCAACCCUCCCCCCAGCCCACCCCCCAGCCCUCCACCUAAUCCCCCUCCCCCUAGCCCACCUCCUCCCAGCCCUCCCCCUAGCCCUCCCCCUCAACCUCCCCCCAGCCCUCCCCCUAAUCCUCCCCCUCAACCUCCCCCCAGCCCACCCCCAAGCCCCCCACCUAACCCCCCUCCCCCUAGCCCACCUCCCCCUAGCCCUCCCCCAAAUCCCCCCCCUCAACCUCCCCCCAGCCCUCCCCCCAGCCCUCCCCCUAAUCCUCCCCCUCAACCUCCCCCCAGCCCACCCCCAAGCCCCCCACCUAACCCCCCUCCCCCCAGCCCACCUCCCCCUAGCCCUCCCCCAAAUCCACCCCCUCAACCGCCCCCCAGCCCUCCUCCUAGCCCUCCCCCAAGUCCCCCUCCUAGCCCCCCUCCCCCUAGCCCACCACCACCCAACCCUCCCCCCAGCCCUCCCCCUCAACCUCCCCCCAGCCCUCCCCCUAAUCCUCCCCCUAAUCCUCCCCCUCAACCUCCCCCAAGCCCACCCCCAAGCCCCCCACCUAACCCCCCUCCCCCUAGCCCACCUCCCCCUAGCCCUCCCCCUAAUCCUCCCCCUCAACCUCCCCCAAGCCCACCCCCAAGCCCCCCACCUAACCCCCCUCCCCCUAGCCCACCUCCCCCUAGCCCUCCCCCAAAUCCCCCCCCUCAACCUCCCCCCAGCCCUCCCCCAAGCCCCCCUCCUCAUCCCCCUCCCCCUAGCCCACCUCCCCCCAGCCCUCCCCCUCAUCCUCCCCCUCAACCUCCUCCCAGCCUCCCACCUAGUCCUCCCCCUAAACCUCCCCCCAGCCCUCCCCCAAACCCCCCACCCAAUCCCCCUCCCCCUAGCCCACCUCCCCCAAGCCCACCUCCUAGCCCCCCUCCCACUUCAACCCUACAGCUUCAAUCAACCACCCCUAAUAGUCCACCCCCCUCACCACCACCAUCAUCACCCUCUCCUCCUCCCUACUCCCCGCCUCCCCCCAGCCCACCUUCCCCCUCGCCUCCCCCUCCUCCUCCCCCUUCACCCUCGCCUCCCCCUCCUCCUCCCCCUUCACCCUCGCCUCCCCCUCCUCGUCCCCCUUCACCCCCCCCUCCCCCCAGUCCACCACCGCCCCCACCCCCGCCGAAUUUGUGCAUGUGGAAUGGAAGCAAAUGGAUUUGCCCGCCGGGUCAGGGUGCACCUACUUGGUCGCCUAGAGUCUAA